AUGGUCUACCGGGAUCGCUUUUUCUCGGCGAAAUCUCAACUGAGGGACAUGUAUCCUGAAUCUGCUGCAAUCUCUUGCCUCGAACUUCUCGUCGAAGAGGGUCGAGAUACCGUGGUUCUCCACUUGCUGCAGCAUGGUUUUCAUCCACACCAUAUGCUGACGUCUCGCAUCCUGAACCUCGUUUCCGGCACCCACGGCUCUUCGCCGCAUCUGACCGACAUCAACCCCCUCCAUAUUUCGGCGGCCAUGGGCCUACAGAAGGUGGCUGCCCUUUUGAUUGGCCAGCAUGGCACUCACGUCGACUUCAGAGACAGCUGCGGCUACACGCCGUUGUCGUACGCCAUACGCUCGCCGUUCGCCGAUGACGAGAUGAUAUCUGAGCUGAUCCUCUGUGGUGCCGACCUCAUGCAGGAGGUGCCACAUGGCGGCAUACAAGUGUCUAUUCUGGAGUACGCCUGCCAUGCCGGCCGGUUCACCGCUGCUCUUCACAUCCUCGACGCGCUCGAGUUAUCUGACGUGCCUUUCGCUUACGACCCAGCUCUUCGGGUUACUAUACCAAUGCCCUGCUUUCAAACGAAAGGCCAGACUUCGCAUACCAAAAAGAUCCUGGUCAGCAAGCUCUUGGGACGUGGAGCGAACCCAAACGCGAUCGUUCGUUCUUCCGGAGCCCCUCUCUUGACGCAUCUGGUUCGGAACCAUCCCACGGCCGUCGACUUUCUCCUGGCCCUGCCAGGCGUCCUCGUUGAUACACCCGAUGAAAGCGGCCACACUGCUUUGGCCUAUGCUCUAUCACCUAGAACGCAACCUUCGCCGGUGUAUCUGAAGGUCGCUGUGUCUCUUCUAGCUCACAAGGCGACCUUGACGACGACUAUGACAAAGUGGAUUUUGGACGGCACACGUUGCAUAAGCACCAUGCGACACAUGAAAAAAACGCUCGAGAGAGGACCACGUCUACUAGAUUUCUUCCGACUUAUCUAUGGCCAUUGCAUCGAGGUUCCCCAGUGGCAGCGCACCCAUGCCCAGCAGUAUUUUCUAGCCGAGGCGCCCGAAUGGACUGUUCAUCUGACCUGCAGAAAGAAGAGCAAAGGACUAUGGACACGGAGAGUGGUGGAAAGCAAGGUGAACAAGUAUUUUGAUCUCAAGAUAGUGCCUAGAGGCUCCGCGAUGUCUCUCUCUGCUCCGGUGCAAUAUCUGGAACCCUCCAACGACGAGGCGCCGACGGUUAUGCUGGUCGAUCGAGGGCAGACCAAGAGAAGGAGACCGGUCGGAAGACUGAUCGGAAGACUGGUCAGGAGACCGAUUGGAAGGAGGAAGCCGGCCAGUGCGGCCACCAAAGGUGCCAUGCUGAAUCCAGGGAAGACCGCCCGAUGGGCGUGCUCGGGCGGGUGCGUGGCGCUGAGCAGCCGUUCGAAGGCCUGCGGCAGCCAGAUUUGGUCUGUUGGCAUUCAGUCCGUCAGACAGCACGAUGAGGCUCUCACUCGAGAUGCGUUGUUCGAGCUGGUCGAUGAUGGAGCGAAGUUGGUCUGCUUGCCAGCGGGCUCGGGCAAGGGUUGCCGGUCGACCACGGCGUCGAUGGAUGUACGAUUCUGUCGCGCGAAGCAGAUGCGCGUGUUUGUGGACGGCGUGGCAUACUGGGCACGGCGCCUGGUGAAACCGUGCGGUCAGAAUCAAUUUGAGACGGCAAGGUCGGCGUUGGUGUUGUGCCUGCGCGCAAGGUUGGAGACGCUGCCGCCACUGCCAGUGGCGACACGUCCAGACGUCUUGAUCGAGCGGCCAUCGCUGCUUACCAGCAGCGCCAAGCUUGGCGUCCAGCUCCGAUGGCAGGUUCGCAAGCGGGCUGGACAGUGCUGCUGGCAGCUCCUCGGCGGCACGCGCCCCGUUACCAGGAGCCCGAGCGGGCGCGCCGUUGGCUACCAGCAAAAUGGCCUAUUACCGGCAGCUGUUGGCGCAAAGUUGGGCACGCGCCCAGCUACCAGAAACCCCGGCAUUGCACGUAUGACCUUGGUCGAGGUUACCGGCGCUGCUCGGCCGGGGCUACCAGCAGGCGCUCCAAGCAUCCGCGCCGAGGGCCCGGUCAUCCCGGACCAGUGCCUAGCUACCAGCAACGGUUGCGGCCUGCACAGCGUCGGCGAUGCAUUUGCAUGUCAUCCAAUUUAG